AGCAACAUGCAAGCCUCAGCCUGCAACUACUAAGUAAGUAGUGCGUUGGUCGUGGCAUUUUACAGUGACAUUGUGUGUGAAAAGCAAUCAAGCUCCGUUCGCGUGUAUAGUUUAUAAGUAUCUCAUUAUCUACUCGACCAAAAUGAACAAUCUCAAAAUGGUGUCGGUGUCACCUGGUUUACCGAAGACGAAAAUCUUCGUCGGCCGGUUACCAGCAAAUUGCCGCAAUGAUGAACUACGCAGCCUAUUCGUACGCUUUGGCGAGGUCACGGAAUGCGAAGUAAAGGAUCGCUAUGCUUUUGUACACAUGGCUCAUGAGGAGGACGCUGCCGAGGCAAUCAAGUCUCUACACAACUCCAUCUUCAAGGGCUCGACGAUCAACGUCGAACAGUCUACGGGCAAGUCACGGGGCCGGCGAGACGACGGGCGUGGCGGUCCGAUGCGUGGAGGCAGAGGCGGAGGACGAGAUGGAGGCCGCGAUACUCGUCCCGGUCCGUAUAACGACAGGAGAGUCCUGCCAAUCCAUAAUUCAGGCUACGAAGGCUCAGUCGGUGGUGGCGGUGGCGGCUACCAGGACUACAACCGCGGGGGUGGAGAUUUUGGUGGCCGGGGUGACUUUGGCGGUGGAUACAACGACCGAGGCGGCUACGGACAAAACGUCGGUGGGGCUGCGAUGGGUUACACGUCAACGGCACCCAUGGGAGGCUACGGACCUGCUGGUGGUACCGUAGGUGGAUACGGGCCGACCGCUGCCGUGGACUACGGUAGAACCGACUACGGCAGGACGGCUGACUUUGGCGCCAGGACAGACUAUGGAACCCGUGGAGAGUUUCCGACUUAUUCUCGACAAACAGUGUGCGACUACUCAGUGGCAGGUGGUGGUAUGACGAGUGAUUUCAGCAGGGCAGCGCCAGGACCAGUUGACUAUGGACGAACCGACAGCUUUACGACGGGCCGUGUCGACGCGUAUGCCCCGCGCACCGACUAUGACCGCACGGCAGCUGGACCCAUGAGAAACGGCAGUGGUGUGGCCGCCGGCGGUUACAGCGCAGGAUAUGGAGAUGUUGGACCAAUCGGUGGAGCACCUAGCUACAACACUGGUGGACCUAGUUACAACGCUGUUCCUGCACCACCAACAGACAUGUUUAGCCGAAGAGUUGGAGGGACUGUAGCUAGUGGUGGAUACCAAGUAGGAGGAUACACGAAAGCAUAUGAAAGAGCAGACCCGUACGGCCCUUCUCACGGAGGUGGUCGCUUCCCAGGCCCGGCAGACUCGAUGCCACCAAGGUACUAAGUAACCGAACAAGUACCUACUAAAGCGCUUAGAAACGCACGCACGGAAAAAAUGACAAAUUACAUAAUAGCAUGAGAAACUAAUAGCCAAGAUUAUACAAGUGCGCGACGAAUACACACGUUAGUAAUAUGUGAAAGUAUUUGUAUGUAAAAUGAAAGGCAUACAAAAUAACGCUAAAUGAUCGUGUGUAAAGUAACUUAAGGUUAAAUGUGGUUUCAAGGGACUAAAGUUAUCAUUUGUUUGUAAGUUUUUUGUGAAAAUAAUUCAAUACACUGUACUAAAGCUUAUAUUUGAAUGGAUAUAUAAAUUAAAAACUGAAAAUUAUUCAUAAGAAUUUUAACAUUUUUAUACUGUUGAUUUUUGUCAAAUAAAAAAAUUUUACUUCACACACAUUUUGAUUAUGAAUACACAUAAUGAAGAAAGAACACAAACAAAAAGCACAUGCAAGCAUUUGCUUUGAUGAACAUGUAAUAAUCUAAAAAAAGAUGUAAACUAUAGUAAAAAUUACCACUUCUUCGUUAGGGAAUUAAACUCACUUCGAUGUAGUCUAAGAAAAUUUAAUUUUUUUUCUAUCUUAGU